ACAAAUCAACAGUAUAAAAUGUUUAAAAAAAACUCUUAUAUGCUUUGCAUUUAAAAAGUUACGGUUGUGUAAAAAGAUGAAUAAAUAAAGCACCUAGUGCAAUUCUAUUUGCUGGCACAAAAAGAAAGUUAAAUAUUUGCUGCUCUGCUUCUAAUUGAUACCAACCUUUAGUACAAGUUUUAUUCUGAAGUCUCCAACCGGAUGCAUUUAUCACCCCCUGCUAGCUUCCAGCAACACACAAAAAAAUGGUCGGAUUCGUUAAACUAGCGGUGCCUUUUUUUAUGGAAAUGUCCUCUCCAUAAGCAAAACAACGGAGUAAACAAUGCGUGCUGAAGCGACGCCAGCAAAACCCACAGCUAGCGGGUGGUGGUGAGCCCCAACCCGGCUGUUAGAGCGCCUCUGUGACGGGCUGGAGCAGAUGGGAUCCUUGGUGAAUUUGGGUAAAAGGCGGAAGACUGCGUAUCAACAGAGCGAACCAGAGAUGCUACAGAGCUACAGCCGCUAGUCUGCUAACUGUUUGUUCCAACAUGCAGGAGUCAAAAAUAACUGAUAAGAGUCCAACUGCUAGCAGCCGUAUUUAUGGAACCCUAACAGGACAUCUUACACUUAUUUCUGUGCUCUGCUAAGCUGACCAAAACCAAGGAUGGCGAGCAGGAGAAAAUCUACCAUUCCCUGCAUGGUUCCUCCUCAGGAAAAAAUAGACUCAGAUCAGGAGGUGGAGGACGUUAUGGACAUCACAGACCCUGAGGAUAGCAACGAAUUCACUGCAGCUUAUUCUGAGGGCCCUUCUUUGUCGGAGGAACAAGCCGAGGACGCUGAUAUCAGGCAGGAUGCGGUUUCGGACCUAUACUUGGACUUGAACACGGCUGAAGGGGGAUAUGAGUGCAAAUACUGCAGCUUCCAGACUUCAGAGCUUAACCUGUUUACUAUCCAUGUGGACACUGAGCACCCUGAUGUCAUCCUUAACACCUCCUACGUCUGUGUGGAGUGUGACUUCCACACCAAAAGUUAUGACACACUGCAGACCCACAAUGCUCGGCUGCACCCUGGCGAGGAUAACUUCACACGGACGAUGGUUAAAAGAAACAACGAGACCAUCUUCCAACAGACGGUGAACGAUCUCACCUUUGACGGCAGCUUUGUCAAAGUGGAGGAAGACGAGGCGGAGGAAAUGUCCCACAAAGCAAUCCCUCUCAGCAAAACUCCCAUCAUGAGAAUCAAGAGCAGACCAGAGCCUAAAAAGUUUGGCACGGCCCAAAAACUGCCAGUCGAUUGUGUCAUUAAAGUGGAGAGCGAUGAUGAAUACGACGAGAGCCAGGAGCCGCCCACUCUGUCGCCUGCUCCGACGACUCCUGCUGCUUGUACCCCGCGUCUCAUUCCUGUCUCCACGCCGGUGCAACUUCAGGCCAUCCCUCAAGGCAUCAUGGUGAACAGCCCCAACAUGCUGCAGAUUAAAGGUGGCUCCACUGGGGGUGGUCCCGUGUUGCCGCCGGGGACUCUGGCCCAGGUUCUGUCCGCCCUGCAGACCCAACAGAGCACUCAGACCCAGCUACUGAUCCCCAUCAGCAGCAUCCCCACCUACAACAACGCCAUGGACAACAACGUCCUGCUUGUCAGCGCCUACAACAGGUUUCCAUAUCCUUCAGUGUCGGAGAUCAUUGGCUUGUCGGCACAGACAAAGUUCAGCGAGGAGCAGAUCAAGGUCUGGUUUUCUGCCCAAAGGCUCAAACAUGGAGUCAGCUGGACACCAGAGGAGGUGGAGGAGGCAAGGAGAAAGAAGUUUAACGGCACAGUUCAGACUGUUCCCCAGACCAUCACAGUCAUUCCUGCCAACAUCGGUGCAGCAACAAAUGGACUGCAGUCCAUCUUUCAGACCUGUCAGAUUGUUGGACAGCCAGGUCUUGUCCUCACUCAGGUGGCUGGCAGCGGGAGCACCGUGCCUGUGGCCUCUCCCAUCACUUUGACCGUGGCAGGGGUACCCGGAAACCAGCCCAAAGCGGCCGAAGCUUCGGCGCCUGAAUCAAACGCUGAGGUUUCAGCUUCGUCUGCCAGCAUGUCGCUCAGUUUGGAUGCAGCAGCUACAAAACCGAAGAAGUCUAAAGAACAGCUGGCAGAGCUGAAGGCAAGCUACAGCAGGAGGCAGUUUGCCACGGAGGAGGAGAUUUCAAGGCUAAUGGAGGUCACCAAACUCUCCAAAAGGGCAAUAAAAAAGUGGUUCAGCGACACACGCUACAACCAGAGAAACUCAAGGGAUCACCACAGCUUGCUGCUGAGUGAAACUUCAUCCAGCAGAGCAGCUUUCUCAGGAGCAGGCCGAGGAGGAAGGAGCGGCAGCACCAGCUUUACUGAAAACAUCAGCAGCGAAACGCUGUCAGACUUAACCACCACAGUCAGCACACCCACCACCACCACUACAACUACAACUACCAUGACUAACACAACCAUCGUUAUAGACUCCAGCGACGAUGCCAGUGACUCCUCCCCCACUACAGCCAACGCUCCAGGUUCUUCUGCGUCAAAGAGCGACCCACGUCUCAAAUUCCGCCACGCCUUUCCCGACUUCACGCCACAGAAGUUCAAGGAAAAGACCACCGAGCAGCUGAACAUCCUGGAGUCCAGCUUCCAGAAAUCAGAAAUGCCUUCAGACGAAGAGUUGAGCCGACUGCGUGCGGAAACAAAGCUGACGAGACGGGAGGUGGAUGCUUGGUUCUCGGAGAGACGGAAAACGCCUUCAGCAGCACUAUUAAAAGACAGUGAUACGGAGAUGGAAGAAAAGGUCAAACAGACUACUACGCCUUUAGCAUCUCCGGAGGGACAGACCACUCCACCUGUUGUGAGGAAGAUCCUAAAAAAGACCCCGGAGCAGCUCCAUAUUUUGAAGAAGGCUUUUGUUCGCACACAGUGGCCAACAUCGGAGGAGUACGAUCAGAUGGCAGAGGAGACCGGCCUGCCGCGGACCUACAUUGUCAACUGGUUUGGAGACACGCGCUACGCCUGCAAAAACAGCAACCUGAAGUGGUACUACCUGUACCAGAGUGGCAAGGUGGAUGAGGCGUUGAACGGUGGAGGAAAAAAGAAGUCCAGGAAGCGGUUCCGAAGUUGGUCCAGGAGGACACGCAGGUCGUACCCCUGCAAACGUUCCCCACAAGGUUGCGUAGGAGCCAUCAAGGUGAAGUCUGGUAAGACGUUCCUUAAGGAUUACUACCUCAAGCACAAAGCUCUGAGUGAGAAAGACCUGGACGAUCUGGUGUCAAAGUCCAAAAUGAGCUACGAGCAGGUGAGAGACUGGUUCUCUGAGACAAUCAGAAAGGUGGAGGAGGGAAAGGAGCCGUUCAGUGAUGAGGAGGGGGAGGAAGAUGACGAAGAGGAGGAAGAGGAUGAGCUGGCGACAGCUGAGUGUAGAGACAGUGAAGGAGAAAUUGAGGCAAAAGAAGAAGGAACGGUGGCAUCAAAUGAUGAGUGUGUCAGAGAAGAAGAGGAGGAGGAAGCGGAGGAGGAGGACCCCAAUCAGGAGGAUGGUGAUGCGGUUCAGGAGGAAUCUGAAGGUCUCAGCCAUUCACAGCCUCUGACUGAGGAGCAGACAUGAGUAGACAGAUUCAGCAUUGCUGCCCCCACUGUGGAGACAACGCAGAGGAUGGUACAAGUUGGUGUUUCUCAGCUGGAGAGUCAGGACCCACAGACUGCCACGGAAAGCUCAAGACAGGUCAUGCCACAUCAAACAGCGGGACAUGAUCAAGGGUGGUGUCUUGCACUAAGGUUUGGGUAACGAUGCAGCUGAAGAACACAAAGCCGGAGGCGAUUCAGGACACCCUGUGUGGAUUUAGUUUCUUCUGGAUGAUUGGCAGUGGGGACCGAGUGGAUGCACAAAUCGAAGCCUUUCACCAAACAAUAUGUAAGCAAGUUCCUAUUUCAAGGAACGGGAUUUUAUUUUGGGUCUUUAGGUCCUUUUUAAAAGAAAAAAUAAACUUUGUAUAAAGAGAAAACAUCCAAAACAUUUCUACUAAUGUGAGACCUUGCAUGCUUUGUCUCUUUUUGUGAAUCAUGGAAGAACCAUUUUUCUCAAGGAAACAUUCUCUGCUCAAACCCAUCAGUGACCUAUUUUGUUGCCUCACAGAAAAAAAGGUUUUUGAAAACUCAGUUUUCUGUGAAUUAAAAAAAGCAAUUUAGUGCCAUUCGGUUAGUAACUUUGUUUUAAGAAGAAGAAAAAUUACCGCCGGAAGGAUUUUUAACGUCAGUGUUUUAACAUUUUGUAUUUUUUUCUAAGUCAUUUUACAGUCCUGAAACGACGUUUAUAAUAAUACAAACAGGAUCCAUUAUACUGUUAAAAUUGUCAUUAAUAUUUUAAAAACUGUAAAUGUUGGGAUUCGGGUCCAUUUAGUUGUCUGUGAAGCAAAACUAAUACAGGAAGCUGGGUGUGAUCCCAGAAUAUUUAAAGGGAAACUCCACCUUUUCAAUGCAACCAAAAAUGGAAUGUUAUAAACUGAAAAGAAGGACUAUAAAACAAGAAGUAUGAAAACAGGCUGUUUAAAAAAAUAUUCCUUGUGCUCAUCAUAAAGGGAUACUUUUGAUGAUGGGUUCUCUUCACAAUUUAUGAUCAGUAAACGGUUUUCAACAUUUUAGUUUUCCUGUCAAUACCUUGUCAGAUUGUGUCUGAGACAAAAGGAAGAACUUCAGCGACCCUUGUAGUAAUCUAGAAACCAACUUUAGUUUGGGUUUGGGCCUUCAUCAAGGUCAACCAUGAUAGGUCGGUCUGUUUCUAAAGUUGGUUUAUGAGUGCAAGUGUCGCUGAAGCUUCUGCUUAGAAUCGAGUCACAAGACUGAGCCAAAUUUAGGACAUUACACUCAACUUGACACAAACUUUAACUCCAGCAUGUAGACGUUAGCCUUUAAUUACGCCAAACAAAGAUUGAUAUUAAAAAUGCACCUCGUUAUAUUGUUCUGUAAUAAACUCACAUUGACUUCAUUCAUUUCCGGCUACUUUACACUGACCACUCAGAUUACAGAUUUAAUUAAUGACUGGUGGUUGGAGGAAAUUGAAUUUUGACAAUAAAAAGUGCCAUAAAAGUUAUUGCAAACACUCAAAAUGAUGAAAAAUUCAAUUUUUUCAAUUGAAAUAUAUAAAAAAUAAAAAUACACAAGCAGUAAAUGCUUACAUCCGUGAAGCAUUAACUAUGAAAUAUUUUAAAUAUAGAGGUAGUUUAAAUGCAGUGGACAGAACGGCCGGCAAUCUUAAAACAUUACCUAAAAAUAACUGUGUCCACAUGUGUACAUAAGUAACUUUAGGACUAUUUUAUUGAAAGCAGGUAAUGUUUUUCUAUUUACUUAUUUUAUAUUUGUUUACUGCAGACAACACACAGCCAGAGACGGCGCCACUUAAGUUUUAAAUAGUUUUGCACAUACAGUAUUUUCUUCUCCAGGCAUUGUUUCAAUAAGAAAUGGUAGUAGUUAUAAGUUCAUAUUUACUGUAAAAUGCAAUGUCAGCACUUUUUAAAAUCACAUCCAGUAUUUGCCAAAUUUCUCACAGAUAAAGACACCUUCCAGGAAACUUUCAUAUCUAUAAAUGGUCUAUUGUUACUCUGCAGAAAAUUACAUAUCUGGUUAAAUUAUAUAUUAAAAGAGUCUAAAUUAAAGGGUAAGACCAAAACGUUUUAAAACGUAUAAAAAAAAAAAUGACUUGGUCACACUUUUGCUUACUGGUUCAUGCAAACGGCAUUUUAGAAACUUAAAUCACCGCUGCAUUCGAUGCAUGUUUACACAGAAGUUACAUUAAAAAUGACAACUGGCGCUGCCAACAUGGAGAUUUCCACUUUUGGCUCGACUUUACUCUGACAAGCUGUUAGCUAGAAAAUACAUCUGUUUCAUCAACUACUGCAAAUACGAAAAUGACUGGACAUAACCUCUGAACAGAACCCCUCUAAAAAUAUAAAAUCCUUUGAAUAGCAUUUAAAAAGGAAGUGCCUAAUUUGACGACCUUCAGUUUCUAAACUGUAAUUUCUUAUGAUUUACUGGCGAAUAUCUGGGCUGGCCCUUAUGAACUCUGCCUACAUUUUGUCAAUUUUAUUAUAGAAACACCAUUUGGAUUAUUGGCAAAACUAAGAAAAAAAGUAUUUUGUAAAACGUGUAGAUGGUUUGUUGGAGAAAAUUAUGCUAAAAAACACAAAAAUAAAUCAGUUAUUAGGAUCUUGAUGUAAUAUUAUAUUGACUGCCUUCGUUGUUUUGUAGCAUUCAUAAACAGGUCUAAAUAAUCAUGUUUGAAUGAAAAAGGGAUUUUAACCCAAACUGUCGGUUUCACGCUCAGAAAACAAUACAAACACGCGUCGGCUCUUCUUCAGGAAACAAGCAACAUUACCUCAGUCAGUUAAGCUUCAAACUCAGUAAGAUUGUGACAUUUGCAAAUACUCACAGUGGUUUUUCUUUCAAAGCUCAAUACUGUAUGCAUGAUUAUACGAGUACAUAGUAAUUAUGUCUUUCAAAUGGCGUUUUUCUUUUCUGUCUGCGCCACCAAAGUCAGCGAAUAUCUUUUUUCCAAAACUAAACAGAAAAAAUAGACAGUUUAGUGCUUUUAUCGACUCAGAUACGGGUGAACUAGUAAACUAAAUCUUUCAGGUUGUUUCGCAUAAAUUACACACGAUAUUUUAGGGACAAGAAAUUAUAAGCUCUUGGCUCCGUUUUUACCUUUUUAAAGACUUAAGAAAUGUAAAGGAAAAAAUGUUUUACUUUGCUUUCCUCUGCUCUCUCUUCCUGUUUUUACUGAACCAUGUCAGGACAUGUACACACAUCGCAGAACGAUCAGUUCUGGGGGACUGUGGAAUCAACGUCUGUUUUGUAUUCAUUUCAUCUGCGGCAUGGAUCCUCCUGUGAGCGCUGUAGUUUUGCAAAGUUACGCCUUUUCUGCCGUUUUGCUUUAAUAGCCAACAGUUUUUAGUAGUUAAUUUAUUUAUUAUGUCUGGACUUUCACGGAUACCUUUUCUUCUCUGCGAGAUAAACAAUAAAAAGUGAAAAACUUGA